AUGAGGACGCGAAUUUUCUUCUUAACAUAUAGCUAUACAAAUGGCAGGCAAUCGUUGAAUCUCGACUCACGUUCGUUUUUUCCGUUUUGCGGCAUCGCCGCCGCAUGCCCCAAAACCACCCUACCCGACCACCGCCUCGCACAUCACGGCGCCUCGAAACCGUCAUCCUCUCGCAUAUCAUCUAUACUCCACAACUUCCAAUAUCUCGGAAGCAGGCAAUUGAAUAAAAGCAAGCUAGACUCAUUCAAUAUCACCUGCGCUGCGCCAAGGCCUUCCGCUUCGCCUUCGUCCACAUCCCCCACGUCAAGACCUUUCGAAACCGUCACGUCGGCGAUAAACAAUGCAGAAUCUCCGACUACCACCCCCGCCGCAAGUCGCACUUCAAGGCAGCCCGGCCGCAUGCUCGUCGCUCCCGAGCGCAGCCCAAGCCCACCGGCAUACGGCACGAAGCCGUACGAGAACCCCAUCUCUACCAUUGUCAAACGAAAACACAGCGACAGCAUUGACGGGAAACAAUACUAUAAGCAUGGACGAGAAACUCAUACUCUCGAGCACGUGGCAUCCACGCGGAGAGAAUGA